AUGUAGAAGAUGGAAACCAAGUACUGCAGCAGUGACAAAGAAGAAACGUUCAAAACAGAACUGCCAUACUGCAUGGGAGAAAUUGACUUCACAGCUUCUGGGAAGAAACGUGGAAAGUUUAUUAAGGUCCCGUGCACCAUUCACCCUGGAGUUAUAUUUGAAGUUAUGCUCAACAAAUGGAAGCUACCGGCUCCCAAUUUGGUUGUCUCUUUAGUAGGGGAAGAUGAAAAUUUCCAGAUGAAGCCUUGGUUGCGGGACACGUUAAAAAAAGGACUCAUUAAGGCAGCCCAAAGCACAGAUGCCUGGAUUUUUACCAGCGCUUUACGUGUUGGAAUAACAAGGCACUUGGUGCAAGCAGUCCGAGAUCAUGCCUUGGCUAGUACAUCAUCCAAAGUAAGAGUCAUCACCAUAGGAAUUGCUUCCCUUGGAAAAAUUCAGCACAGAGAAAUUCUGGACAACACAAAGGAUGGAAGUCUUGUACACUACCAAUCAGAUGAUAAUGCCCAAGGCCCACUGUAUUCACUGGACCACAAUCACUCCCAUUUUAUUUUGGUAGAUCAUGUAACACCAGAUGAGCCAGAUGAGACCACUAAGCUACGGCUCACCUUGGAAAAGCACAUUUCAGAACAGCGUACUGGGUAUGGUGGAACAGGCAGCAUUGAGAUCCCUGUGCUCUGCUUACUGGUAAAUGGAAAACCAGGCACUCUUGAGAGGAUUUGCAUCGGUUUGGAAAAUUCCGCUCCCUGGCUUAUCUUAACAGGGUCUGGAGGAGCAGCUGACAUCUUAGCUGCAUUCAUGGAUGAGCCACAGCUCAUCAAGCCAGAAGCUGUUGAAAAGCAAUUUAAAGAGAAAUUCCCUGCAGAAAGCUUCCUGUGGAAGGACAUUCUCCAAUGGACAGCAACAAUUCAGAACAUUAUUUCACACCAACAUCUUCUAACUCUGCACAACUUUGAGCAAGACGAUUCAGAACUAGACACAGUCAUUUUAAAAGCUUUAGUAAAAGCAUGUAAAAGUCACAGUCAGGAUGCCCAGGAAUAUCUGGAUGAACUCAAGUUGGCAGUGGCCUGGAAUAGAGUGGACAUAGCUAAAAGUGAAAUAUUCAAUGGUGACGUGGAGUGGAAGUCCUGCGACCUGGAAGAAGUGAUGAUGGAUGCCCUGAUCAAUGACAAACCUGAAUUUGUAAAGUUAUUCGUUGACAAUGGGGCAAACAUAUCCGAAUUCCUGACAUACAGUCGUCUGCAGAGACUCUACUGCUCCAUUUCGCAAAAGUGCCUCCUCUAUGAACUUCUCUUGAAGAAACAUGAGGAAAGCAAGUUGACAUUGGCAGGGCUCACUGGUCAACAGCAGAAGGAGAUCUCCCCACUCUUCACUCUCAGUGAAGUUUCUAGAGUUCUCAAGGAUUUUCUCCAUGAUGCUUGUAAAGGUUUCUAUCAAGAUGUCAGACAUGGAGGCAAGAACAGAUCAGAUAAAACGAAUUCAAGGCAAUUACCUGGGCCCUUGGAUAUGAACCAGAAAAGUGAAAAGCCUUGGAGGGAUUUGUUUGUAUGGGCAGUACUUCAAAACCGGCACAAGAUGGCAAACUACUUCUGGGCUAUGGGUCAGGAGGGUGUAGCUUCAGCUCUGGCAGCCUGUAAGAUCCUCAGGGAGAUGUCCCGUCUGGAGACAAAGACAGAAGUAGUGCAGGUCAUGAAAGAGGCCAAGUAUGAGCAGCUCGCUGUUGAGCUAUUCAGUGAAUGCUACAGCAACAGUGAGGAGAGAGCAUUUUCUCUGUUGGUGAGGAAAAGUCAGUACUGGAGCAAAACCACCUGCCUGCACCUGGCUACAGAAGCAGAUGCAAAGUCUUUCUUCGCACAUGAUGGAGUCCAGGCCUUCCUAACAAAAAUAUGGUGGGGAGACAUGUCUACAAACACACAGAUCCUGAAGCUAAUAUGUGGAUUCUGGUGUCCCUUCCUAAUCUACACAAAUUUAAUAGCAUUCAGUGAGGAAAAACAACCAAAGAAUGAGACAGAGCCCUUUAAGGAGCUGGACAGUUUGGAUACAGAAAGGACUUUGUUUCUUUGUAAGGAAGAACACAGAAGAAGUGGUAAAUUAGAAAAGCAGAACCCUCCUGAAAACACAGCGUGGGCAACAUUCAUCUUUACUCGGUGGAAAAAAUUCUGGAGUGCCCCCGUAACUGUAUUUAUGGGAAAUGUUAUUAUGUAUUUUGCUUUUCUGUUUCUGUUCACUUAUGUCCUUCUACUGGAUUUUAAGCCACCUCCACCUGAAGGUCCAUCUGCUAAAGAAAUUAUACUUUACUUCUGGGUUUUUACCCUGGUCUUGGAAGAAAUCCGACAGAGUUUCUUUACAGAUGAAGACACAAAUCUGAUGAAAAAGUUUAAACUAUACGUAGAGGAUAACUGGAAUAAGUGUGACAUGGUGACCAUCUUCCUUUUCAUAAUUGGGGUAACCUGCAGGAUGCUCAACUCGACUUUUCAAGCUGGCCGCACAAUCCUCGCCAUUGAUUUUAUGGUGUUUACACUUAGACUUAUACACAUUUUUGCAAUUCACAGACAGCUUGGACCAAAGAUCAUAAUUGUGGAGAGGAUGAUGAAAGAUGUUUUCUUCUUCCUAUUCUUCUUGAGUGUGUGGCUCAUUGCCUAUGGUGUGACAACUCAAGCUCUGCUUCACCCUGAUGACAGCCGAGUGGAGUGGAUAUUCAGAAGGGUGCUUUACCGUCCCUACCUCCAGAUAUUUGGCCAGAUCCCACUGGAUGAAAUAGACACCUCACGAGUAUAUCCCAGGAACUGUACAUUUAAUCCACUGCAGAUUCUGCAGAACUCACCAUCAUGUCCCAACAACUAUGCCAACUGGCUUGUCAUACUUCUGUUGGUCAUCUUCCUACUAGUCACAAAUGUUCUCCUUAUGAAUCUCCUGAUUGCCAUGUUCAGCUACACUUUUCAAGUUGUUCAGGGCAACGCAGAUAUCUUCUGGAAACUACAACGCUACAACCUGAUCGUUGAAUACCACGGGCGGCCUGCCUUAGCACCACCAUUUAUCAUUAUUAAUCACAUAACUUUGGUUCUUCAAAUAAUCUUCAACAAAAUGGAACACAAGAAGCAACAUCUGGAAAGAGAUCUUCCAGUAGGCCUAGAUCAAAAAAUCAUAACAUGGGAGCUGGUGCAAAAAGAAAAUUAUCUAAUAAAACUUGAACAAGAAAGAAAAGAAAGUGGUGAAGAAAGGCUGAAGGCCACAUCUAAUAAGGUGGAUAAUUUGUCUAAAUACCUCAGUGGAUUGAAGGAGCAAGAAAAGAGGCUUAAAGUUAUAGAAUCCCAGAUUUGCUACUGUACAGCUGUUAUCUCCUCGAUGGCAGAUGUUUUAACCAAAACCAACCUCUUCUGCAAGCAGACAGAUCCAAACUACACAUGUUUGAGAAAUGCCAGCACUGAAGUGCCUUUGCCAGAAAGGGCUGGAAGAGAAGAGCGUGCAGAUCCAACUGAGGCUGACGUCACCUACAUGGAUAAUUAAAUUUCAUUCUCAUUUCUUUGGACUGAACCCUUUGCCCUGCUGAAUUACCAUCAAAGUAAAAUCCUGAUCUCAGGAAGGCACAAGACCCAAACCUUGAAGUCUUCAGUGCUAUCUUCACACCUUAUGAGAAAUAAUACUAAUGUUUGAUUUCUUGAGCUUUCUUCCCUACCGCUCCUCCAUUGGCCUUUUUCUCCAUUGCUCCCCCCACAGACUGCACUAGGUCCAGGAUGACAACCACCUUGUUUUCUACACAGCCUGUUCCCAAUGUUCCAUGCUCUAAUCACACUUCAUCAUCACUGAUUUUCAUGUUCUUUCCAAAGGAGUUUCCCUUUUAAAGGGCGAUCAUUUCCUCACUAAAAACCAACCCACUUCCUAUGCCAAAAAAGCGAGCUUGCAUUUAUGAGUUGCUUUGAAAAGAAUUGAAGAAAGUUUCCACAGGAAAGAAGGGGCCUGGGAUACCAACUUUUAUACAAUUCACACAGUUCCUAGAGUUCUUGUAGCUCUCAAAUGAUUGCACUCACCGUUUCUCCUCCCACUUCUGGCUCUCUUCUCUGGCUGUUCAUUAAUGCAGGCUCCUCACUCAUCCCCAAAAACUCACUGCGUGGUUCUCAACUCUUCAGUGGCAUGCAGACAGUUUCCAAACACAAAGCAAGUGACCCUUCCAGUCAGACCCCCAGCUUCUGCUGCUUGCUUUUUCAGUUCAGUGCCAGAUCAUGUACCUGCUGUCAGCACACUGCUAUUCUAAGACAUCACCCUUGCAUCUAAGCAAUUCUCAAUUCUCUGACUUUAUUCUGUUUUUCUCUCAAAGCUCAGAAAAAAAAAAAAAAGAAAAAAAAGGAAAAAAAAAAACCAAGAAUAUUUAGCAAGAAUUUUCUUAGAAAUUAUGAAUUUGGACUGAUGGCCAUUUUUUUUGCAUUACUGCAACUGACAUGUACCUUUCUAGCACACAAAUGUUAGCUGGCUUUAUUAUAAUUUUGUAUGAGAUAUACAAAUAAAAUGAGCAUGACU